GAGUGAGAGUGUGUGUGUCUCUGAGGGAGAAGAGGAGGAGGAACGUGGAGAUGUGGAGAGGUCCACGGAGAGAGGAACCUCCUUCUCGUUCAGUCCACCGAGAGCCUGGAAAGGAGAGUUCGGGCUUGGAACGCUGCUCAUUGUUUACCAGAGGUAACUGAAGAUUUAGCUACCAAUACGAAGGGGUACAGCCUUGUCUGGGAUCUGUUUUGAUACGAACUUUGAACAGAUUUUCCUUUUGCGUUUUGGACAUUGUACAAAAGUGCCAUAGACUAACGACCAACGGAAAUAUUUGUUUUCUUUGUCUUCGUUGAGAGGAUAUUUACCUUAUUUGCUGGAUUUGGUAUCGCACUUUUCUGGCCAUCUUUUGUCGGUGAACAGUCUUGCGAUUUUUAAAUGCGGUUCACAGUGUUGGUUUGAUCCUGGGGCGUACGCGCAAUGGCCGCGUCGGCCGGACAGAGGAACGAGAAGUUGGACGAGGCGCAGGCAUCGGCGCGAAGCUGUGCGGGGCGACCGGACUUUCUCCCGUGCGACGGACUGUCCAUGUGCGCAACGCACAGCCACGGGAAGUGCUUCAAGCUCCACUGGUGCUGUCAUCUCGGCUGGUGCCACUGUAAGUACGUGUACCAGCCCAUGACGUCCGUGUGCCAGCUACCCAGCACCCCCGUGCCUGCCUCGCCCUCUAGCCACACCCACACCACGGACCUCUCCGUCUCAUUGGCUGACCGCUACCUCAGCACCGCCUCCGCCUUCCAGGCCCCGCCCUGCCCACCCUCGCCAAAGUUCUGCCUCAUCUCGGACCUCUUCCACGACGACUAUUUGGUCAAGCGCAUCAACGGCAAAAUGUGCUACGUGCAGAGAAUUGUACCGCCACCGCACGUACCCAGUAGCUCCCCCGAGCCCCCGCCCCGCCCCCCUCAGGCCAAGCCCCGGGUCUCUGCCAACACGGCCACGGCGCCCAAAAUGAACCACUGCUCCUCCCCCUCCAGCUCCGAGGAUUCGGGGAUCAACGCGCUGGGUGGGGCCUAUGUGGGGUCAUGUGACGAGGGCUCGUCAGAGGAGUCGGAAGACGAGGAGGAAGAGGAGGAGGAGGAAGAGGAGGAGCUGAGCAGCGAUGGGGAGUCCAGUCUGGGCAGUGUGUGGGGGCAGGGGGCACGUGCCGUGGUGGCCCCCUCCCUCUCUGUCCUGGAGAUCCUGGAGAAGAUAGAGACCACUGUCUGAUCACGCUGAACACACACACACACACACACACACACCCCAGACCAGAACACUCACACACAGCCCAGACCAGAACCGACAAGAGUACAGGACCAAUGAGAUGCAGGAUGGGCCAUACUGACCAAUAGGACUGCCAGCCACAGCAUGUGAUCACACCCAUAGAGAAUGAUGAACCUUCUAGAAAUAUUCCAUGUUCAUUGUAGCAAUAUAUAUGCAAGAUAUAUGUACACUUAUUUUCAACACACACACACACACUAUCCUGAGUAUGUGGUGAUGGAUCUCCACCAGGUCAUCACCACAGAUAGCCCUCUAUUAGAUAGCCAUCUGCCAUCAACAUCUCAACCUGUUUACAGACCAAAGCCAACAAACCCAGAAAGCAUGGAUUAGCACUGUUUAAAAGAACAAACAUGCACAGAAUCCUCAACACUCACUGAUAAUCAUACAGACUAGCAUGACCAAACACACACACAAAUAUAUAUAUAUAUAAACACACUCACACAGAAACAAGCACAUGCAAAACCUUCACACACACUUGGUCAUAAAAUGCUUUGUGAGUCUCUCUGUUCCUCCUAGACAUGUGAUCGGGUGCGUCAAGGAACAACCACCACACAACGUUUCAAUGACGUCAUCCUGUAGAUACUCCUGUGAACUAAGAUAACCCCAGGCUAAACUGAGUUCUCCUGUUUGUAUUCAAAUAGAUAUUAUUGUUAUUAUCUCCUAUUUUUCACUAUAAACGAUUUUGAAACUGAA